AUGGCGAAAGUAGCAACUGAAUUUGAGAAGAUCAUCAACACUGGUGCGGUCCGGCCUGGCAUGCCCUUUUCGUCCCAGCGUCAUCGCUCUCGCAAGAAGAACACGGCCCUCGCUGCCAAGAUCUUUGGUAAGGACCGCCGGGCCAGCGCCCCGGUCAAGGCCGGUGGUGCCUUGGCCGUCCGUGCUGGCGUACAAAAGCGCGUCUCUUCGACUUCCGUGCCGCGCGCCGGCAACAUCAACACCGAAUGGACUCAUGACCUGCACGAAGGCGGCGGCAACGGCAACACUCGCAAGAGCAACGGCAACGCCAAGAACGGCGCGAGCGCGACAACGGGCUCGCUGGCCAGCCGAGUGUCACGGCCGGGCGAAGCACCAAAGGGCGGCAAGGGCAAGCUGGCAAACAACAAGAGCGGCAGUGGCCGGGGAAACGGUGGUGCUGGUACCGUACAGCUUGCAGCAUCGACAGCACGCGGCCGCGAGGCGCGCCGUUCGGAUAGGAUCGCAAAUGCACUGAACCGUGCUGACCUGCAGCACCAGUCUGGCACUGCCACGAACGCCGGUGGUGGUCUAUCGAUCCGCGGCAUUGCCGCCGCCGUCAACGAGCCCCUCGUCGUCAUGGCUCAGAACUUUGCGCCCGGGACCACGGCCGCGGACAUUGAAAGCGCCAUGACGCCCGUUGGCGGGCUGGUCAGCAGCUGCCGGAUCCUCAAGACGACACCGCUCGUCAUUGCCGAGAUUGUUUUCGAGAGCCGCGAGGGCGCCGAGCGCGUCAUUGAGACGUUCAACAACCAGACCGCCGACGGCCGCAUCCUACACGUCUACCCCAAGGCUGUGAAUCACAAUGUGCUUACGCCGCACAACAACAACACGCCCACGUCCACGCCGGCCGCUCUGUCGCGCCACAAGAGCAGUGGUCAGGUGGUCGAUGGUUCGCUGGGCUUUGACGAUCCCAUGGACACGGAUGGCUUCGCCGCGAGCCGCAACAACAACAACAACAAUAUCAACAACGGCAACCUGAGCGGCCGGCUGUACAGUGACGACCUCGUCGGGUCGCGUCCGCCGAACGGCUCUUCGAAGCCACGACCUAAUAAACACGGUCGGCCUGGACGUCGGUAG